AUGGCGCCCAAGAUCAACGCCGUCCCGCGAAAGACGAAGAACGGGCAGCCGCGCCUGAUGCAGGCUCUGUGGGGCCUGAUCGCGCUUCUCGCCGCUCUCCCGGCGCUGCCAGUGUUCAGCCUGCAGUAUAUCUUGCGCCUGAACGACCCCACCGUGCACGGGUACAAGCAGUUCGUGGUGCCCCGCCUCCUCAAGCUGUUCAGCAACAUCAUGCCGAUGCCGACGCCAGAGACGCGUGCGAUGCAGGCCAGGACCGCGCGCUGCGUUGUCCCCAAGCGCGACCUGUUUGACCACGUCAAGAUGCGUCGCUUCACCAUCCCGCCUGCGCCCGCUGACUGGUUGACCGAGCUCGCGACCCUGCCGCCGAACGGCGAGAUCCAGCCUGUCGAGCAAUACGGCUUUGUCUUCACGCCCAAGAGCGACAGCAGGCAGGGCGACGAAAAGGCAAAGAAGGGCGAGAAGAUCGUCCUCUACUUCCACGGAGGGGGAGAGGAAAAUGAUGCUGAUCUCCGCAGCGGCUACUCGACCGGACACCCGACCUGGACUGCUCUUCCGGGCAAGAUCUCGCGCGACACUGGCCUCCGCGUCUGGGGCGGGCAGUACCGCAAGUGUCUCGAUGUGCACAGUGCGUGGCCCGCGCCUCUCGUGGACGCGCUCGCGCACUGGGUCCACCUGACCACUGUGUUGGGCCUUGAGCCCUCCUCCAUCGUACUCAUGGGCGACAGUGCCGGUGGCCACCUCUGCCUCUCCUUAACACAACAGCUCCUUGCUCUCGGCAAGGCGCUUCCUGGCGGCCUCGCGCUCUCCUCGCCCUGGUCGGACCUGACCUUCUCCCAGCCCUCCUGGAAGUGGAAGGACGACUACCUCGGUCUCCCCCGCUUGGAGCGUAGCAUCGACUCCCUCUCGAGGUUCUUCAGGAAGGAGGACCUGACGCAGCCUAUCUUCAGCCCUGCUUUCGCGCCCGAGGGACACUGGAAGCAGCUCGCUGACAUUCCCGUCUUCAUCGCGCUCGGCACCAAGGAGGCCCUCCAUGACGAGGUGCAGCUGCUCGUCAAGGGCAUGCGGCGCGAUGGCGUCAACGUCGCCCUGUUCGAGGACAAGGACCAGCUGCACUGCGCCCCCCUCGUUGCCGGCGUCAUGGCCCCCGAGGACUCGUACAUGCACUUUGCAGAGGGUGUUAAGGGCGUCACGGACCAGGUUGAGGGCCACUCGAGCUAA